ACGCUCUACUCGACGGCAACACGUUCUCCUCUUCGUGCAAUAAAGCGAAAAAAAGAAAAACGUCUUCCUCUUUGUUUAGUUUUAAUUCUUGUUUUACUUUUUAUGCGUUUCAUAGGAAAUGAAGUAGUUAAAGUGGUAUCAGUGCUUGUACUUCUCUCGCUGUCUGUUACAUUUUUUACGUGUGUUUACGCCUCCAAAUAAGAGCUUUCGAGGACAAAAGCUGAAACAGCCAAUGGGCGAGUUGUUUGUUACGAUGUUCGACAUUUCUGGUGGGAUGGGGAGGUGUGGCGUUACAGUUGUUCAGGAAAUUAUUAUUCAUCCGUUUAUUGUCCACAUGACUAAUGCCAGCCGGGGUGUGCAGUGCUUUAUAAACACGGCUCGCAUCUCUAAGGAGUGAUUCAUGGUAGCCUGUCAGACACACCAAUGAAGAAAAAACCUUGUAAUCCUCUGCGUCCCAAACGCAGCAGACAGGGCAGUGCCAGCAAUGAACGGAUGACAGAGACGGGCACUGUGCCGGGCUCCAACUUCCCACCAAACUCUGAAACUGUCCCAGAAUCAGCUUCACAAAACAGGCACCUGAGGAUGUCACAGCACAGUCACAACCUCCUUAAGUUCUUGAAUGAGGACCGGACACGCCAGAGGUUCUGCGAUGUGUUUGUGUCGGUGGGUGGGAAGCUCUACAGUGCCCACAAGGUGGUGUUGGCCCAUGGGAGCAGCUACUUCCACGCUGAGCUGUCCAAGAACCCAGCCACAGCACAUGUGACUCUGGACCAUGUGGAGGACUCUGUGUUCCAGCACCUGCUUGGCUUUUUGUACACCUCUGAGUGUGUCGUCACAGAGAUGGAGCUCCCGGCUCUGACUGAAGCGGCCCGAUUCCUGGACAUGAUGGAUAUACUAAAGCUGCUGUGUGAAGAAGGGGACAACAACCCAGUAAGUGUGAUCCAAGUCCAGGCUGAGUCCGGAGGGUCUCCUGAGGUGGAGAUGACGUCCAGUGACUCGCCAGCAGGUGACAUGGACAGCCAAAGCCCGCCUGAUGUUCGGUGCUCCCUGUGCAGUCGCCAGUUUAGCACUGAAAACUCCCUGCAGAACCACUUGGCUGAGAGUCACACUGAUGAACAGCAGCGAACCCCAACUGAGACAGAGAAGACGUCAGGUCAGAGGGCUGCUACGAUGCGGAGGUCAGCUCGCAGGAGGAGAACACCCACUAAGUAUAAGAAAGACGAUACGGAGCACACUAUCAACACUCCUGAGGAAAAACAAAGGACUGUAUCACCAAGAGAGCAGGGUGAAGAAAGAGAGGAAGAAGCAGGAGAGGUGGUCAUGAAAAACCAAACGUCCAAACGUUUAGAUGUGAAAGAGACAUUUAAACCAACUCUGGUGGAAGAUGUAGUGGAGGAGGAAGAUGAAGAGGAGGGGGACAUGAAUGAGGACUUGGCUGCCCAGAAGAAAGUUGCUGAGGUUUGUGCAGCAGACAGGAGUGCAGAUCAGCAGGGUUCAGAUGUGGAAAGGACAGAGCAGCAGGCUGUUCCAGAGGUGGAAGUGCCAGCGCCAGCAGCAGGAAGCUCAAACCAGAGUCCAGUGUACCCUGAAGGUCUGGCUCCAGUCAUCAUCCAAACCUCCAGCAAGAAGACUCUCAAGUGCCCCAAAUGUGACAAGACCUUUGACCGUGCAGGGAAGUAUGAGAGUCACACCCGAGUGCACACAGGGGAGAAACCCUUCCAGUGUGACAUCUGUCUUCAGCGCUACUCCACCAAGUCCAACCUGACCGUACACAAGAAGAAGCACGCCAGCGACGCUCCCUUCCAGAAGAAAGAGCACAAGUGCCCCUUCUGUAACAAACUGCAUGCUAGCAAGAAAACUCUGGCUAAGCAUGUUAGGAGAUUUCAUCCAGACCACAUCCAAGAGUUUCUCACCAAGAGAAAGAGGAAGAGUGAAGGCUGGAAAUGUGCUAUUUGUCUGAAGAGCUUCACCCGCAGGCCUCAUCUGCAGGAGCACAUGAUCCUGCACACCCAAGACCGGCCCUUCAAAUGCUCCUUCUGUGACGAACACUUCAAGUCCAGGUUUGCCCGGCUGAAGCACCAGGAAAAGUACCAUUUAGGCCCUUUCCCCUGCGAGAUCUGUGGCCGACAGUUUAAUGACACAGGCAACAGAAAGAGGCACAUCGAAUGUACACAUGGAGGCAAAAGAAAGUGGACCUGCUAUGUUUGUGGGAAAUCAGUAAGGGAAAGGACAACUUUGAGGGAGCACUUGCGGAUCCACAGUGGGGAGAAGCCUCACCUGUGUAGUAUCUGUGGGCAGAGUUUCCGUCAUGGCAGCUCCUAUAGGCUCCACCUGAGAGUGCAUCAUGAUGACAAGCGCUAUGAGUGCGACGAAUGUGGGAAAACCUUCAUACGCCAUGAUCACCUGACCAAACAUCAGAAAAUACACUCCGGUGAGAAAGCACAUCAAUGUGAAGAAUGUGGGAAGUGCUUCAGGCGCCAUGAUCAUCUGACGGUCCAUUACAAAAGUGUUCAUUUGGGAGAGAAAGUUUGGCAGAAGUAUAAAACUGCUGUGCAUCAGUGUGAGGUCUGCAAGAAAGAAUUUAAAGGAAAGUCCAGUCUAGAAAUGCACUUCAGGACCCACUCAGGUGAGAAACCCCACAGAUGUCCUGAGUGCGACCAGACAUUUCGGAUCAAGAAGACCUUGACAAAGCACAUGGUGAUUCACUCAGACGCUCGUCCUUUUAACUGCCCCCACUGCAGUGCCACCUUUAAAAGAAAAGACAAGCUCAAGUACCAUGUGGACCACGUGCACAGCACCCGCUUUACUGAGCAGCCCCUCACGACGCUCAGCGAGGACAAAAUAGUGUCUAUUCCUUUUGAGGAAACCUCAAAGGUAUAUCGUGCUGAACCUAAGUCAACCCUCCAGAGCAGCCCCCCUCCUACGAAUGUCUGCGUGCCUGUCACUUUAGUUCCUGUCCAGAUGGCAGGAGGAGCUCAGGGCAACUUGAACACUCACGGGGCCACGUCUCUCUCCUCCCAAACUCACAGUGUUGUGGGCAUACAGGCACAAGGACAGCAGCAGAACUCUGGUUACCAGGCCGCUACAGACCUGGCCUUCUUAGAAAAGUACACCCUCACCCCCCAGCCCACCAACAUUGUCCACCCUGUGAGGCCGGAUCAGAUGCUGGACCCCCGAGAGCAGUCUUACCUGGGCACGCUGCUGGGACUGGAUUCAGCUUCCUCUGUGCAGAACAUCUCCAACUCUGAUCACACCAACUGAUGUUCUACAACCAAAAACUGGACCAGUCCAACCAACUCAAACAAUUAUUUGGUCAGAGGAACAGAAGCUACGUUAUAGAACCACUGAUAAAUAUCUACAUUUCAAGAAUAGCCAAUUAUUGACCUCCAUGUAAAAUGAUUAAAUUAAAACUAAACUACUGCACUUGAUUUAUUUUGGUUCUGCUGUGACAUAGAGAGAUAACUUGCAUUGUGCUCAGCCUGAUCUCACAGAAAACUCACACCUUAUUGUUGAAAAAAUAAACAUAUUUGUGUGACAUGUUUGAAAGCAGGAUUCAGACAGGGCUGUUUUCAGUUUAGCUAAAGCAAAAACAUUGCUUUUCAACGUCAUCAUCCUUUCAUACAGUAUGCAUUACACCGUCUUCUUUAUGUUGUUGCUUGGAGUAUUCACUUUUUUAAAAUCCUCUUCACAUUUUCUUCUCGUUCUCACUAAUGUUUGGGGCUUUGUUGCCACAGAAUAACUUGUUUGUAAGUGUUUGCUGUUUUUUUUUUUUGUUAUUUCUAUUUGAGCUGGAACAAUUAGCUUUUUAAUGGAUUCAUUGAUUGACAGAAAAUUUGAAUUUUGAUAAAUUGAAGUCAUUUAUCCUGUAAAAAAUCAUUUGCUGGUUCUAGUUUAUCAAUCUAGGUUUUAAUGACUUAUGAUGAACAGUUACUGUUUUAACAUUUGUUUGGACUGAACAUUUAAUUGAAUUGCCAAAUAGAUAAAUAUCCAUAGUUAAGAUUUAAAAAUAUCACUAGUGGCAGUCUGUUACUGAGGAGACUUAAAUUGUGUAAGUUUUGUACUGCCUGUACAACCUGUCUCUCAGUUGUAAAAUCAUGUAAAAUGUGAUCGAAGAAAUGGAAUCACAUUUUGUUAACGUUUUUAGUAUUUAAACCUGCAUUAAGUGAUUUUUUGGCCUCUGAGGGGCAGCGGAAAGAAGUUGUGAUUGCAAAACUCAUAUUUUCACCUUUUACAUUGAUACAGUGAACUUCUCAGCAAAUGUGCUUAUUUUCACAUCCAGCAGUCACGAAGCCAAGUUAGCAUUCAUUUGGAGUCCUGUUUCUGUCUACCUGGUGAAUGUACUGCAUUCACUCAGCUCUGUUUUUGGUCUCUAUCAACUCCUGAGGGAAAUAUCUUACUCUUUAGCUGCCAAAUGCUCCACUAUGUUCACAGCUAGUCCCUAACUGUCUGUUUGCCUUUUUGGUGCUGAACAGGUAGUGUACAGUGGGUUUUAAGAGCUUUUUUGCUAAUUCAGCUGCCUACUGCAGCCAAAAAUGUUGCUAUCGGAGCAGUGAGAGUGAAUCUAAAGAGUAAAGCUGUGGAUUGGAAAGCUUAACAAUGAGUGGAAACUCACUAAAAAGCUUUAAGGAGUGGAAGAAUCAACAAAAACAGUAAAGUGGAAUCACUACCACACAAUGUGGUAAAAUAUUUGUUGCAUCUGAGGGUGGUUUUGCUGGUGGGUCUUAAUUUUGUGGCAGUUACAAGCAUUUCUUCAGAAUUCAUUGUCGGAGAGUUACAGUAGAGUUGAAACAGUUCACCUUCACAAUCUGAAAUAGUGGUCUUUUCAAACUUUGUGUCAUGAUCAAUAAAAUCAGAAAUGAAAACAGA